GCUACCCAUAUACUUGAAACGUAAACAAUUUCGAUUUUUGAUUCGGUUUUCACCAAAACCAAAUCGAUCGGAAUGAACCCAAAAAUCGAUUUUUUUUAGUUAAAAACCCAGUACAUAAAAAUCCCACCUUUAUUCUUACUAGCAAUACAUGCAUAAAAAUCCGAGCUUUAAAUUGAAGGACCUUGCACUCCAACUGUUCGACCGAUGUCCUCUGAGAAAACCCACAACAAUGUAUAGACUGCAAAAACCAUUUGCAAUGAACAAAACGAGAGAAUCCAGCAUAUCACCAUGCUACAUAAGGAUUCAAAUCAUGCACAAAACAACUGCAGGUAGAAAGCCAAAGAAGAAGAUAUACCACAGAGUGCAAGAACUCGACAGAGUCAUGGAUCUUCACAAGAAGCCCUCUGUAAUCCUUCAGCUCAAAUCCAUCAUUCAAUCCCAGAAAACAGCCUCCCUUCUGCUCAGAGAUCUAGAGAAAGAAGUUGGCUUCGUGCAUAAAUGGACUUACAUGGCCGUGAUUGAGAGAUACCCUACCGUUUUUCGUGUAUUCGGUGGUCAGGGGUCGCCUCCCGCGGUUACAUUGACUGAAAAAGCUAAAAAGAUUGCAUUUUUAGAGUCGGAGGCGAGGGCGGAGAUGGAUCCGAUUUUGGUUAGGAAUUUGAGGAAGCUUUUGAUGCUUUCAGUUGAUUGUAAACUCCCCUUGAAAAACAUUGAUUUGAUCUCUGAUGAGUUGGGAUUGCCUCAUGAUUUCAAGAACUGUGUGAUUCUGAAAUACCCCGAGUUUUUCAGAUUGGAUGAGAUGCAUGGGAGGGAGUUUCUGCAUUUGGAGAAUUGGGAUUCUUCGCUAGCAGUAACUGCUCGCGAGGAGAGGAUGUCGUCUCAAGAACUCAUCCUCAAUACGAAACGGGUUAGGAUAUCCAAAGAUGGGAACCUUCCGGGGCCCUUUGCGUUCCAAUUGAGGUUUCCUGCUGGUUUUAGGCCGAAUGUGAGUUAUCUUGAGGAGGUUGAGAGGUGGCAGAAAAUGGAAUUCCCUUCUCCUUACUUGAACGCGAGGAGGUUUGAAGUGUCCGACCCAAAGUCUCGAAAGAGAGCUGUGGCAGUGCUUCAUGAGCUCUUGAGUUUAACCAUAGAGAAGAGAUUGACUUCUGCUCAGCUGGACGCGUUCCACUCAGAAUACCGGCUGCCUUCUCGACUCCUGCUCUGCUUGAUCAAGCAUCACGGCGUGUUUUAUGUUACUAACAAAGGUGUGAAGAGCACUGUGAUUCUCAAGGAGGCUUAUGAUGGGACAACAUUGCUUCAUAAGUGUCCUUUGAUUGAGUAUAGAGAUAAAUUCAUGGCUCUUAUAGGGAGGAACGAGUGCAGUUCGUGCAACGAGUGAUCAACAACGAGAUUUGGUGGAGUAAGGGAAGAAGAAGGUGGGUCGAUCCCAAGCAUAAGUGAAUCUAACAUCAGCUCGGGGACGAAUAGGGCGCCCUCGAUUUAUUAAGCAGUAGUCGCCUUUCGUCUGGAAAAUCGAC